AUGGUGCUGGGCCUGUUGGGCGGUAGCGGGGCGAAGCGGGGAAGCCGAAGUGCUUCGAUGAAGCGAAUGGGAUUGGGAGAGGGGGAGGGGUGGGCUAGUGACGGGGGUGGGCGAGAGAAGACGGAUCGUUGGAGAAGGGGAAGAUGUGGGGGUAGGAAGGGCUUAUUGGGUAAAAGUGGGGAGGAGAGCGGGGAGGAUUCCCCGAGCGGGGAAGUUUGGGGCUUGGUGGAGAGGGGGGGGGUUGUGUUGCAUGGGGGUUGGGGGUGUUGGGUGAGGGGAGAAGGGGGUGGGAGGGGGUUGUUCUUCCCCUUGGAUCCCCGUGGGGGCCCCUAG